AUGACCCGCGAGUCGCUCUUUGGCGCGCCUCCUGCCUCGCCCGCAGCUCCGACUGUGAACAACAAGGAGGAUGCACAAGCCGAGGCAGGCCCCACGGUCGUCUCCGAUAGUGGUGACUUGCUCCUGCGUGUGAAAGAGGAUGACGACCAAGAAGGAUUCUUGUACCGCGUCGAAUCCAAUCGCCUCCGUGAAGCUUCUUCAUAUUUUGAGAAGCUUCUCAGCGGUGGUUUUAGCGAGGCUGCUAACGUUGCCGUUCACCAUGAACGUCUCCGCAAGCAGUACUCGACCAUGGCAGACGUUCCUCUUGACGAGCUGCCCGAAGUCACCAUCGUGGACAUUGGGAGAACCUCCAAGGUCAGCACCAUCAAGCUUAUAACGGCCGACUUCCUUCGAGCUCUCCACAAGCAGCCUCUCGGAAACGGAAAGGAUGCUCCCCCCGUCACGAAUAUGGCCAAUCUCGCAAUCGUCGCCGACCGUUUUGACGCCCUGGACACGUUCUCGCAGUUUGUACACCAGAGGAAAUACUUGCAGAUGAUAGACGCAAAGACAAAGGGAAAGACUGCCGCAAGCUUACCAGAGGAGCGGGUGCGGCAAAAGCUCUUAAUUGGCGCGCUGUUGAACUACCCGCCGUGGACCAAGCUGUACAGUAAACGGCUGAUAUUGGGCGGUUCCGAGCGAUGGAACAACGAAGCCAUCGAGGAGUCUGGAGGUGCGCUAUGGUGGGACAUCUCAACUGGCAUUGAAGGUAAGAAGUUACUCGACAAGGGCGCACCCUAG